GCGACCGACCGAUCCGACUCUCCCAUCCACCGCGCGCUCGGCCGGGCAGACGGGGGCGGGGCAGUCAGAGGAGCCAGCAGGUUUCGCGGGUGAGAUUGUGCAAGCAGCGGCGGCCGGCAGGAGGGAGAAGGCGUGGCGUGGGUGCAUGCAUGAGCAAGAAGAGGAGAGAAGGAGGCGGCGGCGGCUCCCCGCCGGCGGUGACCGAUGUGCUGUCCAUGGACGGCGGCGUCCGCGAGGUGUCGCUCUCCGUUGUCCUCUCCGUCUGGUGCCUCCUCUUCCUCCUCCGCUCCCAGUUCCUCCAUAGCCAGACCGACCCUACUUCAGAGCUCUACGACGACGUGGAGCACGGAUUGCGUGAAAACUACUGCAAGGUGAUGCCGCUGGAGGCCUACAUUUUCCCGACCCAGUAUAACGCCUCCGCGCCGUCGACGUGCCAGCCAUCGCCGUACCCGCCGCCGCUACAGGAAGCGGACCACGGGAGCCUGGAGCCGUCCAACGCCACCGGCAGCAACUCGUCGGCGGGGGCAGCGCUCGACGAGCUCGACGAGUUCCGGAGCCGGAUCCUGCAGGGGGAAGGCGACAACGGCACCGGCGCCGGACGAGGGCGCCACGUCCCCGACAGCGCCGGCGCGGCGGCGCACCGCCUCGAGCCCAGCGGCGCCGAGUACAACUACGCGGCGGCGUCCAAGGGCGCCAAGGUGCUCGCGCACAACAGGGAGGCCAAGGGCGCCGCCAACAUCCUCGGCGGCGACAAGGACCGGUACCUGCGCAACCCGUGCUCCGCCGAGGACAAGUUCAUCGACGUCGAGCUGUCGGAGGAGACGCUGGUCCGCACCAUCGGGCUCGCCAACCUGGAGCACUACUCCUCCAACUUCAGGGAGUUCGAGCUGUACGGCAGCCCGAGCUACCCGGCGGAGGCGUGGGAGCUGCUCGGCCGCUUCACCGCCGAGAACGCCAAGCUCGCGCAGCGCUUCGUGCUGCCGGAGCCCAGAUGGACGCGCUACCUCCGCCUCCGCCUCGCCACCCACUACGGCUCCGGCUUCUACUGCAUCCUCAGCUACCUCGAGGUGUACGGCGUCGACGCCGUCGAGCAGAUGCUGCAGGAGAUCAUCUCCGGCGCAGGCCCCGACGCCGACGCCGACGCCAGCAAGUUGGGCGGCGGCGGCGUCCUCCGCAACGACACCGCGCUACCGCGCCAUGCUAACGACAGGUUGGACGGCGUGGGAGGUAGCGGCGCCGGCCGGAACGACAGCGCGGGCGACGGCGCCAAGGACAACGGCUCGAGGGUCGCCGGCGAAGCGAAGCCCGCGACGGGGCGGUUCCACGGCGACGCGGUGCUCAAGAUCAUGAUGCAGAAGAUGCGGUCCCUGGAGCUGGGGCUCUCGACGCUGGAGGAGUACACCAGGGCGCUCAACCACAGGUACGGCGCCAGGCUGCCCGACCUCGAGAGCGGCCUCUCGCAGACGGCCAUGGCGCUCGACAAGAUGAAGGCCGACGUGCGCGGCCUCGUCGAGUGGAAGGGCAACAUGGCCAAGGGUCUGGGCGAUCUCGAGGAGUGGAGAUCGACGGUCUCCAGCAAGCUCGACGAUCUCAUCAGAGACAACGCGGCAAUGAGGUCAGGCGUAGAGGAGAUGAGGAGCAUCCAGGAGACGAUGCAGAACAAGGAGCUGGCCGUGCUGUCGAUCAGCCUCUUCUUCGCGUGCCUGGCGCUGUUCAGGCUGGCGUGCGACCGGCUGCUGCUGCUCUUCACCGGCAAGGGGGCGGGGCGGACGGCGUGCGGGGCGAGCAAGGGCUGGAUGCUGGUGCUUGCAAGCAGCAGCUUUACCACUCUCCUCGUGCUGCUCUACAACUGACCGAGCCUUGGGCGGCUCAAGGCAGCUUUAGGAACAGCUUUUCCAUUUCUAGCCUUUACAUUUUCUUGAUUUGAUCUGCAUUAGGUUAGCCUGGCUGUAACCAAGGAAGUAGUGAUUUUGGUAAUAAAGCACCGGAAUUCAGGAAGAGACGGGUUCCAUCAGGAUAGACAAUUAGAUAUGUGUUGUUCGGGCAAACUAUAAUGUGCAAAUAGAACAGCCAGUAC